AUGCACCUGCCCGGCUCCCCUCUGAGCAUGGCGGACGGGAGCUUCUCUCUCUCGGCCCACCUGGGCAGGAGCCCCGGCGGCCCCCCGUCCCGGCUGCACAGCAUCGAGGCCAUCCUGGGCUUCCCCAAGGAGGACGGGCUGCUGGGCGCCUUCCAGCCCGUGGGCAGCCCGCGGGCCCUGAAGGAGGCGGACAAGCGGAGCCCCCGGCCCUGCUACCCCAAAAUGCCCGGGGAGCCGCCGGAGGAGCAGGAGAGCGGGGCCGAGGAGUACGAAGCCCCAGAGCCCGGCUGCCUCCAGCACCCGCAGGAGCGGCUCAGCCCGCCGCUGCCGGACGCCAAGCUCGCGGACGAGGAGCAGCCCAAGAAGAAGCACCGACGCAACCGCACCACCUUCACCACCUACCAGCUGCACGAGCUGGAGCGAGCCUUCGAGAAGUCGCACUACCCGGACGUGUACAGCCGCGAGGAGCUGGCCGUCAAGGUCAACCUCCCCGAAGUGCGCGUGCAGGUGUGGUUCCAGAACCGGAGAGCCAAAUGGAGAAGGCAAGAGAAACUGGAAGUCACUUCAAUGAAGUUGCAGGACUCCCCUAUACUCUCCUUCAGCCGAUCCCCCCAGCCCUCCGCCAUGGGCACAAUCAGCAGCAAUUUACCGCUGGAGUCUUGGCUCACCCCUCCGAUGGUUAACAGCACCCCUCUGCAGACUCUGCCCGGCUUCGUGGCUUCCCCCCAAAGCCUCCCCAGCAGCUACACCCCUCCACCUUUCCUGAAUUCGCCGCCACCCAUAAGCCACACCUUGCAACCCCUGGGGACAAUGGGGCCUCCCCCGCCCUACCAGUGCGGGACCAAUUUUGUGGACAAAUUCCCUUUGGAAGAGACGGAUCCUAGGAACACCAGCAUAGCUGCGUUACGGCUGAAAGCAAAGGAGCAUAUUCAGUCCAUUGGGAAACCGUGGCAGACAAUCUGA